AGUGUUGCGACUACCAGCGACGCAAAUCGGAACAGCAGCGAGACGCAAGAUGGACGCAAACUUCUGACUUUCUGUUUCCUUUUCAGUUCGAUUCGGCUCCAGCGCACGCUCGGGUUCUCGCGGCAACCCUUUAACAGUCAGCGCGCACAGUUAUAUGAAUUCAAAUUUCAAUCAGAAUUCGAAUUCGGUUGAAAAACGGUCACUCAGGCGGAUUCGCUGGCGGUACUUCUUUUCCACAGCCCAGCCUUUGCUGUCUUCUCUUCCUGGUUGCAACACAGUUACACACACGGGAUUUUGAGUCAUAUAUAACACAGUUGAGUUCGCAAAACCAGUCGUCGAGUCUGAAAAUAAACGGAAUCGCUUUGACUAGGCAAUUCUAGACUAUUUGGUGUAAAAGACACAAUCUUUUUAUGCCUUUAAGUGGAAUGUCGUGAGCCACCGAGGAUGAGAAAUAUCUAAUAUAUCGAAUGAAAAGAAAAAACACGGGACCUAUGCCUCGUCUUCAUGGAGAAUGAGACUACUCAAGCAAAAAAAGGUCUUCUGGAGCCUGUGCUUCCAGGCUCAGUAACCUUUAAUAAGUGGAUUCUAGCACCACUUCGGAACAACUAUUUGUAUAAGGAGUCCAGGGAAUGUUUCACAUACAACUCUGCCUAUCUCAUCAACAACUCUGAUUUACAAAAACGGUAUGCUGCCUUUCAUGCUGAGAAGCAGGAAAAAGGAUAUUCUGAGCAGGAACUUGAAGAAUCAUUUGGAUUCCUGUUGUUUAAUGAUGAAAACAAGGCAAAGACAGUUGGGGAAACAGGCUUGUUGGUUGGUCAGGGAAAAUGCACUACUCUUGGAGAUUCCUUGAAAGGUGUCUAUGUCUCAAAAUAUUCUGACUGCCUUGACCUGAAGCGCUGGUACGAUGGCAAGACUGGCUACAUAGUCCUUUUGAAACUAACCAAGGGCAGGGUUAAAGAGGUUACUGACAACUACACCCAGAAUUUCACCCUUCCAUCAGCUGGCUUUGACUGCCACAUCUCAGAGCAGAUCGGUGCUGUGUCUUCAACUACUAGUUCUUUCUUGGCCUAUGAGCGGACACAGUACUACAUGUAUGAAAUUGCUGAUGGAAGUAGUGAAACAGAAACAAGUCCAAGACAUGCUUGUCCAUUUGCCAUUGUGGCAUUCUCAUAUGGGAAGACUACCACCACUUCAGAGUUGGAGGAAAAGAGCGAACAAAAAACAGUGUUUCAUUACAAACCAUGGAUUGGCCAAUUCAAGAUCGAAUCGGCUGUCUAUGAUGUUGGUCUUCAGUCUGUGAACGGAGCCUGGUUUCCAGCAAAACUCCCAAAAAUGGUUAAAAUUGACCAUGCAAUUGGUGUGUCUGAACUGAAGAGGACCUUGCCUCGCGAAAUCUUCGAAACUUGCAUUGUUGGUGAAGUUUGUAUAGAUGGCAGAUGUUUCAACUUGUACGAUGUUGUCUCUUCUGAGGCAAAAAAUGACCUUGCACAAAUUACCUUGGAGCUCAAGGAAAAAGACAUGGCUUUUGUUAUACCACUGGAUGAUUCUGGAUUCCUUAUACUUUUACAUUCUUCACACCUCUUUUCUUAUGAAGAUGCAAAGUCCGGUAAAGUAGCAGCACUUCAAGGCAUGUUUAUUUUCCCAGACACUAGAGCUGUACCAAGAGAUACCAAGUGUGGACUACAAAAGACUAAGGUGUCAACAGAUAUAACCCAAGUUAUACCAGCGCUCAACUAUGCUGAAACAGAAAUGGAAAAAUGUCCUCCAACCCAGCAGGGGGCCCCUCAUACUGUUUUGGAGAAACAUCUGCAAAAUUAUGCCACUCUUAUUCACCCAGGGUUAAUGGACAUUCCCACCAGGGAAGCCAGUAUGUUUCCUGACCAAUACGAUGUGCCUAGCGGUUUUACUCUGAUUGCCCCCAAAUGGUCACAAGAGACUGGAACUCAAUUAAAAUCCUAUUUUGAUGAGCCUUGUGGCUUUACAAUUCCAGUAGUAAGGGCAUUGGAGUUACUGGCAGCUGGUCGACAGCAGCGUUGUGAUGAUAACGAUGAUGAUGUCUACUAUUGUAUAUCAUCACCAGAGGAGGUGCCACAGACUCCUGCUGAUGCCCAUGUGGAAAUGGAGAAGGCCAUCAGUGAUGGUCAUAAUCCCUCAGAUGUGGUAGUUGAAAAAGUUGAGAAUCUUAAAAAUGCACAGAAGCAUUUGUCUCAACCUGAUUUGACAAAGGAGCUUGGAACCCUGGGAACAGCUGUAGUCCCAGCUGACACUGUGUUGGAGAACCCAGUUCUUACAGUGUCGCCCAAGUUGUGUGAUGUGCCUACAGAGCACUGUGUAAGUAUUCGUACUGAUGUUGAGAAAACAUCUCCAAUCAGUUCUGAAAGUUGUAAUGGAGUGGUUGUAGGUUUAACCUCCAAUGAGACUCCCAUCCAAAGUAGCAGCAGACUAUUAACUGUAUCAAUUGAAGAAGGUGGUACUGCUUCAAGUGGGGGAAUGCAGAAUCGUAUACAUCCUGAGAAUACAAAGGCUGAUUCUGAUAAGAAAGUAGAUGGGAGGUCUCUUCCGAGGCAUAGAGGUAAGAAGCCCAAAAGGCAUUGGAAAACCAAGCAGGUUAAAAAGGACAUUCUAAAAGAGCUUGCUUUACCAACUUCAAGUUUGACUCUCAUUUUACCAGUCAACUCCACAGAAGCAAUUUUUGAAGACCCUACAAAAGACAGGACUGACUCACACUCUUGGUCUGAGAAUGUUUCUGAUAGUAACCUCAAUCAGAGAAGUGGUAGGGGCAGGGGACGAAGGCAAAAGGGUGUGAAUCGAAUUCUGAGUGAAGCCACACAAGAGCAAGCCUCUUUUGAAACAGCCUUACCCACAAGUGUGUCAUCUGAAACUUUGCAUGACCAAGGAAUGGAAAAUGAGACACUGAGUCCUUCAAAAGGAGACUGGCGGUCUCUUCCAAGGCGUAAAAGAUUGUGGAAUAGUGAUGUCAGUCUGAAGCGUUCCUUGAGAUCAGAUGCUGUAAAGAAUAUUGAUAAUGAUUUAAAAAGUGGCAAGACUAGAGUAAACGCACAACUCAGUGCCACAGAAGUGAGUAUGUCUAGUGCUCCCAAGAGGAAGAUGGAAGGAUUUAGCAUGAGGGAACGAUAUGGUCUAAAGACCAUAAUCACAACAUGUGGCAGGGUAUUUGUACCGCACGGCUCAGAUGUUGCUUGUAAGGAUAUUGAAUAUUCAAGCAAUGUGCAAAAUGAUAGCAUAAAUGAAAAAACAUUUGUUGAGAUGAGCAUUGACACAAAUACACAAAUGAUUUCUCCCAUGGAGAACAAAUCCAAAGAAAUAGUGGAAAGUAAAGGAGCAUCUCCUUUGAUUCAAAAGGAUGAAUACCCCUUUAAAGAUCCAGCAGUCAAUGAAGGUGAAGAGAGGCCUUUAAAAAAUAAGCCAAGUGUUCAGCAAGUUUCACCAAUAACAACACUGGCCAAACAAAACAAACCUAGCCAAUCGGAAAUUGACAAAGACCAGCAUUUAUCUCCAAAACAAUCAGAGUCCAUGACUACUACAACGAAUGAGGCAUUGUUUCUCCAACACACUAACAAAAAUCAGUCCGUUUCUAUUCAAGCAGAUGAAACUAACAGGCCACCCACAGUUCCUGACCAGUCCAUGCACUCUAACCCAACAGUAUCCUCUCCUGAGAAAAUCAAAAAGAAAGCGAAACAUGUGUACAGUGCAAUAUGUAUAAGUAAAUUAAAAACUGUACUCAGAAGGGGAAAGAGGACUAAAUCGUCUUUCCCUGGUGACAAUGGGAUAUCUGAGCCAGAUAACACGGAGCCAGAAUCAAAAAAAGGAAAGCCUGGCUACAUCAUGGAUCUGAUGCUUGAUGAUAAUAAAAUGAAUAAAGAGUUAAAAGACAAAGGAUCAAAAUCCAUCAGUGUUGAGGGACAGCACACCUCAUUGUCAAAUGGAAGCCAUGAUCCAGUGACCGCUUUUGAGAUGAUUAAACAACCUGUGUCUUGGAGAGGUCUUAUUCACAAGGCCUCAAAGGAAAAUGGGUCCUUCAGUUUUAACACAUCAGCACCUUUUGAAAUGGUUAAACAAGCUGACCAGCAGCUCAUAUCAUCACUUAUUGGGGAAGGUGUGGGAAGGACAAGAAUUAGCUCUGAUGGCAAGGGCAGUACAGAGAAACUGACCAUGGGUACAACGCUGCCCUCAGAUGCUUUGAGUUUACUUGCUGACUUGGCUCUUGGUGCACGUAAUGAUAAAAUGUUAACAAACUUAAAAGCCAAGCCUAGCCAGGAGACUACUGCUGGAGUCAAGGGCACUGGCUCCACAGAGUCAGUCCUUCAUGCUCUACUUCGGUGUCCAUCCACCAGAUGUAAUUCACCCCCCAGGUCUCCUUUCCCAGAGGGUCUUGUAGUGACUGGGGAGUUGAUUUUGGAAAUAUCAAAAGAGCAUUCUUACUCACAGCCCACCUCUCUACUGUCAGGUUUGUCUGGUACAUGCCAACAUGUUUCCUCUCCAGCUGGAUCUGUAGAAUCUCCACUGUCCUUAAAGGCUGGUGGGCUGCAUAUGAACCUACCCAGAGACACUACAGCCUCUUUUUAUCAAGAGGAAGGAGGCAAAACUAAAUUGAAGCAUCAGAUUUCUCCAAAUGUGCCAGUACCAUCAACCCUCAAGACGAAAAAGAGGAGGUCCAAAAUAUUUAGCAACAGAUGCAUAAUCGAAAAGGAAGGAUCCAUUCAAGUGAUUAGAAUUUGGAGAGAAACAUACGAGUUUAAAUAUGACAGUAGAUUAACCAAUGACAAUUUAGACAAAACUGUCACACGAGCGCUUCAUGGCAAAUGGAACUUUGACAUUGAAGACACCUUUGAGGAGGUCCAUCUCAUUUUUCACAUGUGGAUUGGUCUUUACUAUAGUAAAUCCACCUCCAGGUUAUUUGAUCUUGACAAUAUUACUGCACUUCCAAAGGGGAAGAACACUGCAAAAGUUCAGCAGGAUAGAAAUCCCAUUCAAACUCUCGCGUCAUUGCCCAGUGUUGAGUUAAGAUCAAAAGAGGGCCCCACCCUGCCCUUGCGUCUAUCAUCAGACAUUUUGGAUCUUUCUGUGAAAAAUAGUGAGCCUGUGAAUCUCCACUCGGUCUCAAAACAAAGCAGUGAAGAUAAUAUUGCAACACAUUCUGGUGUGAUAUUGUGUCAUAAGCAUGAAACGGCACCAAGGCAUUUACCUUCUGGGACAAAAGUCACCUUCACCAUUCCAACAUUAACAGCAUUGAUGGAUUAUAGAUCUGCUGUGCACAUACCAGUAGAAAAUUCAGUUCCUGACAAAAAUGAUGACAUUGAUGAAGAAAAUGAUAUCAUCGCUGAUUGCUCAUUCUCUCAGCUCUUGGAAACAAACAGUGCAUACAAUCAGUUGUGUGAGCAAGCAUCAAAUAUGAACAUAGGUAUUCAACCACAUCUACAAUUAGCAAAGUUAAUAAAUGUUUCAAAAAAUCUACAACCCAUCCAAGUGACAACUUCAAAAGAAAUUGGUGUGUUCCAUCAAGUAAUUGGUCCCAUAAAACCUUCAGUAUUCUCAAAACGACAUGGUUUAGUUUUGGGUAGGAAAAGUUUUGAUCAAAGCAUUAAGAAGAAAACUGGGAAUGGAGUACCUGUAGUACUGCAGAAGGAGGCUGUGUUUGAGAAUGCAGAUGGUAAAGUGCUUUUGGAAGCAGAUAAAACCCAGGAUGGUUGCCCAGUGUCUGGGAUUGAUGGAAAUGUUGACAAGACCUUAUUUCAAUCUGGAGAUGUAGCACCUGUUUCGGUAGAGAAUGAGAAUGUUUCUGAAAUGGAAGACAGUAUAGAAGUUUCAGAUGAAGAUAGCCAGGAUGGGCGUCUGACAAUUGUGGAAGAUGAAAAUGAUAAGGAAAACACAUCCUCCCAAUGUUCUAGCAGAGAGAAGGCUAGUAUUGCAGAGGAUAAUGAUACUGCUAAUACAAAGGUGGAGCUUAAACCUUUGGUAGAUCUAAAAGAGCAUGCAAAUGCAUUUGAUCAUGAGGAGGGCCUGAGAGAUGUUUCAUCACAGGAGACUAGAGUUAAAGAGCAUAUUGAGACUAUUAAUGCAAAGGAAGAACAUGAUGUAAAAGAUCACACAAAUGUGGUUGAUGCAUCAUCCCUUGUCAUUGAAGGGAAUCACACCAAAGAGCCUGUGGAAGAGAGAGAUGAAAGUUGUACAAGUGAUGAUAUGAUUCAAAAGGAAAGUAAAUCAAAGGAAAGGACUAAAUUGGAUGGGAAUGAUUCUGAAUCUGAGAUAUCAACAACGAUGUUGGAAGAUGAAGUUGAGUUUUUUGGGGGUCUACAGGAUGAUACAAAUAAUGUUGAUAUGGAAGUAUGUGAUGAUGAUUCUGAUGACAAGUCACAGAUCGAAGUUUAUGAAAACGACUCCUCCAGCAUCACAUCAUUUUUGGCAGAGCCCAUCAUUUGUGCCUCCAUCAAUGAAGACCAUGAUUGCAGGAUGCAAAGGAGUGACAUGGCACCUAAGACCCCAGUGGUAUUUCAUGAGGAGGCAAAUCCUAGAGAUGAUGCCUAUGAAAAUACUGGCACUGUUUUAAGUUUAGGAGACAUGAGCUCAAUGGCAUCUCAGCCUGUGUCUGUUCAAGAGCAACAAAAUGCAGCUUCUAAUAAUGAUACUGUUGAAGUAAUUCAGAAUGGGAAUGAAAACAUGACCCUUGAGCAGAGUAUGGUGAUACAACAAAAGCCUUUUGACAUUUGUCAAGAUGAGCCAAAUACAACAAGUGAUAUUGAACCCAGCAAAUUAGAUAUAAGUCAAGAUGAAAGUAGCGAUUUAAACCAACAGGUUGUGACUGAAACAUUUGAUGAUGAUGACGAUACACUUGUUAAUGAGAAUGAGACACAAAGACAAAUGUCUCACUCUUGUGAAGGCAAAACUCAAGUGACCAGGAUGCACCAAAAAGGCAUGUCUCCUAAGGUGUGUGCAUCGCCCCACAAUAGCACUACUAUCUCUUGUAAUGAAAUGGUUGCUCGAAACGCUUUGACAAUGGAGAAAACCUCAGAAGUUGAGGUAAACAGCAUCUGCUCUACUCCCACUCAGGAUGAAUUUCCAUAUGAUCCAGAAGUAAUUGAAGGUGUCAGGGAAGUAUCUAAUUUGAAAGAGAAUUUGAAUAGAGACCUGUAUUAUUCUUACAACACUGAUCCUGAUGCCACAAUGUUGUCACCAAAAAGUCCAGUGAGCCCUCAUACAAAUGUCUGUUUCAAAAUGCCAUUCUCUGACAUUAAAGAACAUUGUGAAGAAACUCACCCUGAAGAGCCAGAGUGGAAUAGCAGCAAAUACUGUGGCACAAUUAAUUUUGCAGUUGAAGAUAACACUACUUCCCAACAAAAAGACGAGGAGUACAAUAACUUCUUAGAUGGUGCACCUCAAAACGAUACUGAACUUAUAUACAGAGACUGUGAUGAAGAUGAUUUGCAUGGAUAUUACCAAGAAUGUCCAUCUGAUCAAGGGUUACCAUGGCCUGAUUGCAAAACAGAUAGGCUGGAUAGCUACCACACUUAUCAAUGUGAUAAAGAGUUUAACAGUGACAGUAAUCCACACAUUGGUUUCAUGUACAGUACUUCUGAGCUUAGAGAGGAUUCCUACAGACCAAAAAAGCUUACUGAGAAAGAGAAGGAUAACUUUUUGUGGGCUAAAAAGAAUUACAAAUUAGACGAAACUCCAAAAAAGAGGUAUAGAAAAAGCAAAUUCACUGGUGCUUUCUCUCAAAAUACUGAGUGGGAUGAAGAAGAAGCUUCCGGAAGUAUUCCAGACUUUAGCAACAGAAAAACAUGCUUUGAGACAUAUCGAACAAAGUCAGCUAUGUCAGUCACAGUUAAAAACCUUCCACAUGAUAGGGGAAGCAAUGAGCGAUUUGAUUGGCAUAGGUAUUUCAGAAGGGAGGUGGCUUCCAGACAACUAUUUGAUUUGAGUGAGGGGAAUAAUAAAUUUGACAUUCCACCCUCAUCAAUUGUCACCAUUCUUGACAAGAAAGGAAACCGUGUUACUUUCAAUAACUCUGCCACUGUAAAACCAUCAGGAACAAGUAGUAUGAACUCAGGACUUAAAAACUCGCUUAAUCAUUGGCAAGAUCAACAAAGUAAGGCUGAUGUGACCCGGUCCGCAGUGGAUCUCGAGUAUCUUAUCUUCUCUGAAAAACUCAAUCAGAUUCUCAAAGAAAAUAAGAGUUCUCUCGGUACCAAAUCACACUGUAGGUCAAAUACUGAUCACACAAAAUUUCCUAUGACUAUUCGGUUUUCAAAUCUUGAUGAACUUGAGAGCACCUCUGAACUUGGUAAACCACAACCAUCACUUUCUGAGAUGAAGAUAAUGGUGGAAAUGCCAGACAGGAAAAUAAGGGAGACUGCCAGAAACAGCAAACCCUUGAAUCUCCAAAGACUUUUCUAUGAAAAAGGCAGCGAGGUUGAGUGCUUCAGGAUCUCAGAAAUGACUGAGCAGUGUGCAGUUUCAUACAAGUCCAUGAUGAAUGAUGUCUGUUCUGGCAAGACUCUUCGGCGCCAAACUGAAGCAAUCAAAAAGAAGAGUGAUCAAGAGGGUGUCAACCAAAAGCCUGGAUUCUGUGGACGUAUCAAGAAAGACAUGUCCGACAACCUUCACAACAAUCUCAAUUCUAUUGUGAGGCAAGCGUGCAACAUUAAAUAUAGGUUCUAUAUCCUUGCCACAUCCAAAGAUCCCUUCUUUGAAGAAACCAAGAACCUUUUGGAGAUUGAGGGCCACAUACAUGUAGAGCCAGAUGAGUUUGACCUUGAUGGGAAUAGUCAAUCCCCUCUUCUCAUUGUACUAAGGAAUGAGGAUAUUGCAGAGCAUGUAUGUGAGGUGCCUUAUUUGCUGGAGUUGAAAAAGUCAUCCAAUGUCCUGUUUGCUGGCAUUGACAGACCUGAUGAUGUGGUGAACCUCACUCACCAAGAGCUUUUUGCUAAGGGAGGCUUCAUAGUUUGUGAUGAAAUGGCCCUUGACACACUUAGUCUAGGCAACAUGAAGAAGGUUGUGACAAUUCUGGAGGAAUUGGAGAAGAAAGGAAAAUGGAAAUGGUUUCUGCACUAUAGGGACAGCCGCAAGCUUCGAGAAAGUGCAAGGUCCAGUCCGGAGUCAAGGAAGAAGCAGCACUUUAUAGAUUGCUGUCAGGAAGCUGGCAUAGUCGAGGUAUUGCCCUAUCAUGACUGUGAUGUCAUAUCACGGGAAAAACCAGACUACCUCUUCUGUAUAACUCGUCUCCAGAUCCAGAAUGCUUCUGUUCGGUUUCCUGUGUUUAUAACAGACACACCAAAUUAUUCUUUUGGAAAAAAUGGCAUUUUAACCAUGAACAUUUAUACAUUCUCACGGAUACUCUCAACUGACACUUGUUCUGUCUCAUAAAGUUGUAUUUUUGUUAACAAAUUACUUACAGUUGGUAAGCACACCUUUGUUUGUAGUAAUAAUUUAUUGUUUCGUGUAAAUGUUAAAAUCAAUAUCUUUGUUACUUCAUGAAAUUUCUUCUAAACAAUGUAUAAGCUUUUGAGUGAGAGCUAACAUCAUUCUUAAACUGUUUUUGAAAGCCUGAAAAAAUGUACAUAUAUAGGUCAUGAAAAUAUUUUAGUAAGUUUUAAGCUGGUUUCAUGUUUUUAUAGAUCACAAAAACUCUAAUAAAUGAACUGAUUUAUUAUGGAUGUUUAUUUUUCAGUAUUAAUUAUUUGUAUAAUAUAUUAUACUUGAUGCAUUCAAUGUUAUUUAAUUUGUUGUGGAUAUAACAAUUUGUAUGUUUUAAGUGUAAGCUUAGAAAAAGUAAUCAAACAAAUAUGCAAGUAAAAUCUAACAUAAGAGCUACAAACACCUGAUUGAAUCUUUGUUUGAGCCAAGAUGAUAUUGUUGAAACAUCAGGAAACCUAGAUUCAUCUUUAUUCAAACCCUUUUAAAUUAAAAUGCUGGGCUUUGUUGGUCUGGAAUCAAAGCCUAAAUUUAUUAAAAUCUUAAAAACUUUAGUAUUACCUGAAGGAAAAGGAUGGAACUGAGUAUAACAAUGAAGGUAAGAUACUACAGAUUAUGGUUUGUAUAUUGUAAAUCUUAUUUUUACUGCAAAUUGGUGUGGUCCUUUUCAAUCCAAGAUUUUUCAGAUUUAAUACAAUAAUCAAUAUUAAUACUUACAAUAGAUUAACAGAAACAAUAUAGUUUACACUAUAUUGCAAAUGUAUAUGUGGACUCCUGAACACCACACUGAUAUGUUCUUGUAGUGCAUUUCAUUUCAAAACCAUUGGCAUUUACUGGGAGCCACUCUUCUGGAAUGGCUUUCCAUUAGAUGUUGAAACAUGGCUGAGGGGAUCCCAUUCAGGCACAAAAGCAACAGUAAGGACAGGCACUGGGGCCUGGCUCACCGUCGAUGUGCCAAUUCAUCUCAAAGGGGUUCAGGUCUGGGCUUUCUGCAAGCCAGUUAAGUUCUACACCAGACUAAAUAAAUCAUCUCUUUAUAAACCUGGGCAUUGUAAUGCUGAAGCAGAGAAGGCCCCUCCCCCUUCUCUAGAACUUUGUUGUAGCAUUAAGAUUUUAUCUCAGUUUAAUUGUGGGGCCUAUGCAAACAUGUUAAUUAGAAGGGGUAGGUCUGGCCAUGUAGUUAUGUAAUGUUAUGACACAUAUUGGUGUCAGGUAAUCGUAGCUGUGCCAAAGGCAAAGCAUUAAUAAAACAAGUACAAUCUUGCCCAAUUUAAUAGAUAACCAGACUACUGUAUCUGCAGAAGAACAGGUUUAUUAUGACUGGUUUUGUACUGGCACAGGUACUUGCCUACAGAGUACAUUUACAUAAGAACAGUCAUACAAAUUAACAAUUUGUUGGCUAUGUUAUAUGUAUUUGUUUUUUUUUUUUGCUACUAAUUCCACAU